AUGCAGUGGCCAAUUGUCAUUCUACUCACUGCAGUUGCACUUGUGGGCGUCGUCGCGCAGACUACGGGCCACGUGGUUGAACUCCUUGUCGGUGCGGGAUGCAAGUUCUCCAACUAUUCAGCGCUACCGAAAGCGACUGCAACGGAGCCUUCCUAUCGUCUGCAACUUGAUCCUGGACUCGGGAAGGGUAUCUACGUGCUGCAUUUCAAGCAAUUCAAUCUCCCAGAAGCCGAUGUGUUGGUGAUCAGAGCGUCUGACGCCACUUCGCAUCCAGUGGCAGCGCUGUCGGGGAAGAACGCAACGGGCAAGUUCUACUCCACUGGUAUCGCUGGGUCGGGCGUCACUCUGGAGCUUUUCAAAGCCUCAGCUCCAGAUAAAGCCAAUUCGACUUCGUGCAGAGGCUUCGCAGUAAACGAACUACUAUUCUCUCCCAAGGAGCUAGUGGAAGAAGCUCAACAUCUGCAGGACGCGAUCAAAGUACCCUUGACCAGUACGGCUAACGCGACAGAUGACGAUGACGAUAUCAAUAACGAGAGUUUGUGUGGCACUGACGAGUCUGUCGAAGCUGCUUGUGCUCCUAGCUCAACCAACAGCGAGGAAGGGGCAGUCAUGUUGCUUAAGUCUCAGCCUGUAGCCCGCUUGUCAAUCAUAAAGGAGAACGGUAUGGAGAUCGCCUACUGCACGGGCUGGCUGGUAGGUUGUGAAGGUCACUUGAUCACCAACCAACAUUGUAUUGGUAACAACCAAGACGCUCUAAACACUAAAGUGGAGUUUUUCGCGGAGUCCGAGAGCUGUCGUGGCAGUGAGACUUGUGAUACACGUGGCGGUUGUCCUGGAUCUGCUGGUGUGGCGGGUACAACGCUUAUAGCAGUAUCGGAGGAUUUGGACUAUGCACUCGUCCGUCUUGGGGUCAACAUGAGCUUAACGAACUUCUCUGGAGUGUACGAGAAGACUGGGUAUCUGCAGUUCCGCGGCACUGGAGCAGUGUUGAAUGAGGACAUCUACAUUCCUCAGCAUCCACUGGGCUACGGCAAGCGCAUUGCGUGGCUCCACAAUGGCCAACCUGGGCGUGUUGAAUCGCUUACGGUCACGGAAUGCCGCGAUGACGAUGUGGGCUACUACGUUGAUACUCAAGAAGGUUCAUCCGGCUCACCGAUUAUUGCGACGAGUGACAACACCGUGAUCGCGUUGCACCAUUGCGGCGGGUGUCUGAAUGGAGGGAUCCCUUCUCAGUCGAUCAUUGCAGACUUGAGGACGAAAGGUGUCCUUCCCAAGUGCACCGUUGCGGGCGAAAGCAACACAACCACAACUCUGUAA